ACACGGGGGGUAUUACAUGUAUGCCUUUAUAUACAGGACUACUAUUAUCUGAUAAGUCAACCAGUCGUCGGCUUGGCGUGAAGAAAUCUCAACCUGUAUGCUUAGCAAAUGUUUCCAAUACGUCGACACAAACACCAAGGGCUAAUCAAUACCCGGGUAGAGAAAGUUGGCUUGAAUGAAAGCAGCGGAGCAUAAAACGUCGUGCCGGGUUAUUGUUAGAUUAGAACCAAUAUACGAACGUCUUGGGGCGAGCUUCAGGUGUGCUUGAUAAAGCAUGGUGCUUAAUCCUGCUAGACGCCAGCCAUGUUAGUCCUACGGAGUGAAAGCUUCCAGUCGCCUGUCGAGAAUCACCGUUGACAUAAGGUGUGAAAUCAACGAUAAGGUCUCGGAUUUACUGCCAAAAUGUCCAGGUGCAAGUGGAACUUCUCUACCUUAGAUGAACUUCACAAGACAGCCAAUGUCAGUCUCAAGUUGGCCAUGAUUAACGAACGCUCUAAACGUUGGGGGAAGGUGGUCGACAGUUACCGGAAGUUGCUCUGGAUGAUUGACAAGGACAACCUACCCCAGGACUACGAACCACCUGCUUCUUACUCCAUGCUGCUAUACGAGAUCCACGCCCACCUAGGUGUGGCUCUCCAACACGUGGGGGAACACAGGAAGGCUGCCUCCCAGUUCACCAAAGCUAUCAACAUCGUCUCCAUACCCAAGGGUGGAUGUCUUGCUGGCUGUUUGACCAACUCGUGCCUGAUGACGCCCCUCUACGCCCGGAGAGCCUUUGCAAAUACACGUCUUGGGGACAUGAGCGGUGCGAUGAGAGACGCUGAGAAAACUGUCGUUCUUGACAGUAGAAAUCCAGAUGUCUACUGCAUCCGGGCUCUUGUUCGAGGGGCUCGCGAUGAAGAUUCGUUGGCUCUCAAGGAUGUCGACCACGCCCUCCGGAUGAAUCCCAACCAUGUGUGUGCCCUCAUCCUCCGUGGUGCCAUCACAAGGCCCCUGGCAGAGAGGAUCGAACCCGAGAGCCACUCCUUCCUGAACCUUACCGACUUCACCCACCCCUGUAUGAUGGACUUCUAUGACAGGUUCCUGUUCACCCUCAGCGUCCCCCACACCAUCACCGACAUCAACCUCACACCAGACAAACCCAGCAAGAAGCAGAUAUUGUCCAACCAAGACAUGUACAAAAGUCGGUCAAGUCGACCCAGUUCCGCCCACAGCACGUGCAGCUCUGCCUUCCGAUGUGGAACAACAUCCGGGCCUCAGAAUGGCAUGGCAACGAGGCGGCGUCAUGACUACGGGGAAGCAAUCAGAAAACACAACUCAAGACCGAAAACAGCAACCGAAUAUCUUGCUAUGGUCGACAAACAACGGAAGAAGGCUGCCGAGAUGCAACGAGCGGCUUCUGCCAGUCUAGGGACAUCCAAAUCGCCAUCUAGCGGUUAUCGAUCAAAUGACUCUCGUCAAGGGGGGACAACAUCAGUCACAGAGAGCGGAAGACACACCAGAACGUCGGCAACAAAAAUAUUCCACAUCGAGACCCCAACCAACUACAAUAUACCGGUGUUUCAGCAUAUUAAUAUAAAACAAGCCCCCCGGAUGUACUACAGGCCGUGGAGCGGAGACAAACUACCUAUAGCUGUGGUACAUCACCCCAAACCUAAACCAGCGUUCUACUGAUGCUGCGGGGAGUGAGCCAGCACGGUCUGUCAGCGUAAUGAGGAAAGGAAGGACGGCUAGGAGUACACGCAAGUUGGAGACGUAUGGUGGAGUCAAGCGUUGACCUUGAACUUCUUCUUGUGUCUAUGUUCAUAAGUACUGAUACAGGCUAUGUAACUGCGAGUAUCUCAGAUCCCAGGAUUCAACAACGGAGUUUCUGGAGCAUAAUGUGGCACUAGAGUUCACAGCUGCCGGUUAUAUUAUAUGGACAGUGAAACCUCAGUAAUCCGGACGGUGAAAGGAUAUUCUUCGAACUGAGA